AUGCACGAGAAAAAGAAUAUGGAAGAGAGCCAAAGUUCCAGUGACGAGUAUGUACCUAGCACAGAUGAAGAAGACAAAGAUUCUGAGUCUGAAGAUGACGAUGAGUAUGCAUUUAAAGAUGGAACAGACAAGUCCCUAAUAAGAACUGACAGCAGCGCUAGUGAAGCAAUCAAGAAAUCUGGAGUGUAUAUAAUGUCAAGCAGUGAAAAAGAUGGAAGAAGAGUAUACGACAAAAAAAAUGCCUGCUACUUUUGUGAGAAGGAAUUUGGCAAGCUUGGUCGACAUCUCUUCCAAGUCCAUAAAAAUGAAAAAGAAGUGGCAGAAAUUGUAGCUCUCGAAAAAAACGACAGAACGCGCCAGUUGGUACUAGACAAAUUGUGUCGCCUUGGUAAUUUUAACCACAACUUGAAAGUGUUGGAGGUUCAUGAAGGUGAACUAAAGGUAAUGCGGAGACCAGGAGAAAACGAAGAUAAAGACCCCUCCAAUUACUUGCCCUGUCAGUUUUGUCAUGGUUUCUUCCAGAAAAAGGAUCUAUACCGACACUGCCCAAAAUGUCCUUUCGCUCAAGAAAUAAACCACACCAUGAAAUCCAAGAAGCUGCAGCAUGCGGGAAGAUUGUUGUUGGCAGCAAAUAAAUUUCCAUCCGGUGCUAGUCAACAACUAUCAGAUAACGUCUUGGCAAUAAUGGCGAUGGAUGAUGUCAGCGCUGUAGUCAGAACUGAUGAAACAAUCCUAAGGGUGGGCUCCACACUAAUAGAGAAACGCGGCAAUGAAAAAGCUGUGGAAGUUUCACAACAAAUGCGUAUUCUUGCCCGAUUGCUCAUAAAGGUUAGAGAGUUAUGUUGUGUUCCAACUUUAUCGCUUGAGAAGAGUUUGACGCCAGCACAAUUUGAUAACCAUCUUGCCAGCGCAAGAUAUCUUGGUGGAUACACAGGAGCACCGAACACCAGUGCGGAUCGUUUCAAAUCCCCGUCGACAGCUGCCAAAUGCGGAUAUGCCUUAAAAAAAGCGGCGUAUGUAGUAAAAGGCCAGGCAUUGCGAAGAAAAGACAUGGAAGCAAAAAACGACGUCGAUCUGUUCCUAGAGCUCCUGCGAACUUUCCUCAACGAGCAGAUUUUGGAACUUAGCGAGGAUGUGAAGAAAAACCCUAUGCAAGAAAAUUGGAGGAAACUUGCUAAUUCAGCCUUAGCAAGACUGAUUAUGUUCAAUAAACGGAGAGGUGGGGAGGCUUCUCGAAUGAAACUCGAUGCUUUCCAAGGGAGGCCUUUGUGGGGCAACAUUCACAACGAGGAAAUAGUUUCUGCCCUUUCAGCCACUGAAAGAGAACUCUGCAAACGGUUUGACAUGGUGGAAAUUCUUGGAAAACGAAACAGAAAAGUUCCCGUGUUGCUGACACCUGAUGUAAAAGCUGCCAUACUUGUCUUGAACAGGACAAGGGAAGAUGGGAAUGUGAACGAAGAAAAUCCCUAUGUUUUCGCAGUGAAUGACGGAAGUUCAAAACAGUUUUUACGAGGGAACGAUGUUAUACGUCAUGCAUGUAAAAUGGUUGAUCUUAAAAAUCCCGACGUGAUUACUUCAACCAACCUCCGAAAGUAUGUGGCAACUGUGUCGCAGCUCGUUGACAUGGAUCAAAAUGAAUUGGGAUGGCUGGCAACUCAUCUUGGCCACGACGUGCACAUCCAUAAAGAGUUCUACAGGAUGCAAGAAAGCACACUUGAGAUGGCAGUAGUUGGUAACCUCUUAAUGGCCAUCGAUGAAGGGAGGGCACACGAAUUUAAAGGGAAAAACCUGCGGGACAUUACACUUCAAGACUUUCACAAUACUCAGAGUGAAGAGGAUGCCGAGGUCUGA